GCACAGGCGUGUCAGGUGCGCAGCUGGCGUACACACCUUUCACUCGAGACCAGUUAUUCACGUUUAGUUCAGGCGACCGCCGUCGUAAACGCAAACCUUCCGAACUCAUUGAACUUUGAACAAUUAAUAAUUAAUCUCAGACUCGUCGGAACCAUCGUUGUUACGACAUAAUAUAAAUAGAAGUAUCAAAUAAUACCGCAAACCUUGAUGGUGAUAUGGUAGUUUAGUUAUUUUAUUAUUAUUAUUGUUAUUUUUUUUUGUUCGCAUUUCCGUGACCGUUUACGAUGAAUACGUCACCGAGCAACGGACGUAUUCAUUUGUCAAUUGUCGCUGGUGUUUGCGCAACAAUUGGUAGCUUGUUUGGAAAACUAUCCGGUGGCGUUGAGGUCACGUCGACGGUCUUCCUACUGCUGAAACUCACUCUUCUCGUGGUUAUGAUCACAAUGAACACUGCGGGCUGCACUUUUUUCGUCAAAUCUCUACAGGGUAGCGGGUCUUCCUUACCAGCUACCGUCGCCAGUUCAGCUACGAACUAUUUCUGUUCAGCUCUGAUUGGCUUUCUCGUAUUCGGAGAGUCGACUUCUCUGAUGUGGUGGAUGGGAACCACGUUAGUUCUCUGUGGAUUGCUGCUAAUCUGCUACACGCCAGUGACCAAGGUCGACCAUACUACGAAAUUGAAACAACGAUAACGAGACUUCAGUAUUUUACGAUUUCAUUAACAAUCUGUGAUCACGACAUGUGUAUUCGUAAAAAUACAUUGUAACUUAUUUUUACUUAUGAACAAACACGUUUGUAUAAGGUGUUUAAUUUUAUAUCUGUAGUCAUACGAACUGGUGUCAACUGUCAAGAUUUAAUGGCUAUUAACGCUUGAUGUUUGACGUACAUUCAGCAUGCAAAGUAUUUUCACUCAAGAAAUAAUGAUUACUUGAGCCCGUAUAAAUAUGUAUUAAAAAUUACAAAAUAUGUACGUAUAAAAUAGACUUAAAAAGCCAAAAAAUAUGGAAACAAGAAACUGCAUUUUCUGGCUUCAAAUAUUAUACUUACUACGUAGAAAACCAAAUAAAGAAUGAAAAUGAUUUAAAUAAAAAAUAUGUAUUU